AUGGCAGGAAGAAUCAAAGGAAUCAGGGUGAAUGUAACUCCUGACGCACCUGAAGAUGAGCAACCAGUUAUUGGUCUCAUUGGUAUGGGCGAAAUGGGGCGCAUGUACGCGCAUCACUUGUCGUGUGCCGGUUGGAAAAAAAUCCACGUCUGUGACCGUCCAGAGAAGUAUGAACAACUCCAACAGGAUAUGAGAGGUAUGAUCUUCUCCCCCUUUAUUGCGCCAGUACUGAUUUACGGAUAUGGGGAACGACCCCCUGUAUGCUAUCAAGAUACGCCAGGUGUGACUGUUUACCGGGAUGGUCACCACGUCGCACGCGCGUCAGACUUUAUUUUGUAUUCUGUGGAGGCGGAAUUUGUCGACCAGGUCGUUGCACAUUACGGUCCAUCCAGUAAACUUGGUUCUAUCGUCGCCGGACAGACCUCGGUGAAAGCACCAGAAAAGGCAGCCUUCGAGAAAUACCUACCUCCAGAUGUUCAAAUCGUUUCCUGCCAUUCUUUGCAUGGACCGACUGUUUCUCCCCUGGGCCAGCCUCUUGUCAUUAUCAGACAUCGCGCAUCGGAUGACGGACAAACCUUAGUGGAAAGCAUUCUUAGACCACUUCGGUCCCGGUUCGUCUAUCUAUCAUACGAAGAUCACGAUCUCGUAACUGCAAACACGCAGGCAGUCACGCACGCAGCCAUGGGCACUGCCUGGGCAGCACAAGGUACCUAUCCUUGGGAACAAGGGUAUUACGUCGGUGGAAUCGAAACUGUAAAGGUUAACAUCACUCAUCGGAUAUACGCGAAUAAGUGGCACGUCUAUGCUGGUCUGGCUAUUCUCAACCCCUCGGCCCGCGUGCAAAUCGAUCAAUACGCCAAAAGUGCGACUGAGUUGUUCAAGUUAAUGCUGGAGGGGAACCGCGACGCUUUGCGUUCACGCUUGUUCCGCGCCCGAGAGAAGGUCUUUCAAGAUGAAGAUAAAACUGGGCACCCGACGAUCCUCCUAAGUGAAGAUGUGCUAGAUCGCUUUAGCUUAGGGCGGAAGCCGCAAACAGGGCAGUCGCCUAUGUCCCCGUCGGUAGAUCAUGCGCCAGCAAAUUCGCACCUUUCUUUGCUGGCGAUGGUGGACUGCUGGGCUGCUCUUGGCAUCCAGCCGUUUGUCCACCUUGCUCUUGCAGCAACGCCUAUAUUCCGUAUGUGGAUCGGUGUAGCCGAGUAUCUCUUCCGCUCGACUGCUCGACUUAUUAGCGCGAUUGACGCGGCUCUUACGGACGUUUCGCAUCGCGCGGACGACCUGGAAUUCGUUGUUGCUGCACGGGGGUGGAGCCAAUGCGUCCGCUUUGGGAACUUCGAUCUGUACCGCCAGCGCUUCGAGCGCACAGCGGAGUUCUUCCGACCACGCUUCGGCGAGUCCGCACGUCUCGGUACUGAGAUGAUCAAAACAAUUUUGGAUAAUAGUGGCCAGGGGCCCGUCCAGGGUGCUGGUGCUGGUAUUAAUGUUAGUGGCGGUGGUGGCGGGAAUACUGAAGCAGAAAAAGUCGGAGAAACUCGCGUUAGCGAUGCUGCAGCUGACGGUUCUUCGAAAGAGACGACAACUCAUGCAAAUGGAAGCACAAAUGGCUCGUCUGCGUCUGCAAGCGUGCCAACCCUGCGACUACCGUCUAUCCCCGCUUCGAACCAUUAA